CAUUUUCAAAAGAAGCAGAAAAGGUGUGGAAGUAAUAAAAUCUACAAAAAGAAGGGUAAAAGAGCAAUUAGGAGAAAAGCUGUCACCCCUUCCCUUCCCUCCUCUGUUUUAAAAACCCACCAGAAACUCUCUGGAACCCAAAACACAUCAUAAAGCUGGCAGUUUUACAAUACUAGGAAGUAAGCUGAACUCCAUGAAAGGAAGAGAGACCACCAAGUCAGCCCCUUCAGCAGAUCUUCUACUAUGCUUCCCUUCUCGGGCGAACUUCACAUUGAGGCCCAAGCCUAUCUGUGGCCCCGGGAUGCCGCUAGACACUGGAAACUGCAGGCGGUCGGAACAGCGUCCACACCUCAAGAGAUCGGUUACCCGGGGUGGCCAGGCGAGCCCUCUACUGUGGGCCAAGCCCAAGCAGAUGGGCUCUGAGAUCUCCGAACCCACCUCCCCGAAGGUGACCUGCUCAGGGCAGAUCAAGGUUCGGCCCAGAACCCGGCCUUGCAAGAGCUGGCAAUCCGUGAUGGAAGAGAUCGAGAAAAUCCACCACAGCAGUAGGAAGCACAAGAGGAGGUCGACUUGGUUCGAUUCCCUUGGCGUCUUCAAGAAGGAUGUCGUGCAGUUCCUGACGUGUUUGAGGAGCAUAAGGUUUGAUCUGCAGUGCUUCGGGACUUCUCCCGUAUCGGAGGUCGAGACAGAUGAUGAAGACGAAGAUGGAAGGUACGAAGAAGGUGUCGUCGAGGCAAAUUUCGACGAGAGCACUUCGAGAACGAUAUUCUCGAAAUGGUUCAUGGUUCUACAAGAGAAUCAAAACUGUGAGUUCUACAGUAAAGAUGGAACGGAUGGAGGAAAGUCUUGUGAUGAUGCCCCAAUCGUUCCUCCUCCAAAUGCGCUCCUGCUAAUGCGGUGUCGGUCAGCUCCUGUGAAGAGAUUGUCAGCUUCAGGAGAAAACGGAGGAGGAGAAAGAGAUCGUGACAACAACGAAGAUCAAAAUUCAUCAGAUGGGGCAGUAACAGAAGAGAGAACGAGGAAGUUGGGAUUUCUAAUGAAUCAGGAGAGGAUGAGGGAGGAAGAUGAAGAGAGAAAGAGGAGGGAAGCGGGCAUUUUGGUAGAUUCAUCUGAUGAUAUCGGAACAGGAAGAGGGGUUGUAUCCCGGAGGAGAGAUCCAUUCUCGAGGAGUAGAAGUUGGAAGAGGUGACUGUGAGAUUGACCGAAUUCCAGUACAUUUACUGCUGCAAGUUAAUUUCUCGAAUGUUUGUUGCAAGAGUGAUUUGUCAGGUCAAGUAAGGGAGUCGACUGGAUAUCUUCUACUGCUACAACCGGUUUUCCGGGUUGCUAAUCCUUAGUUUAUUCUGCCAUGGUUUGUAAGAUUAAUACAUCUAUGUACAGCUCUGUUACUUUCCUUCGGAUGGAAAAGAUAUUGCUGCCACCCAUCAGUUUUGAUUGUUGGGUGAGGGCAUUCCCUAUGCACUGUUAGGCCUUCCCUAAGAUUGAAGACUUCAAAUAUAUCAACAUUUUGAAUUUGUUCCCUCUUAAA